AGCAGUAGGAGGGAGAAUUGAAAUCCCGCCCGAGCCGGGGCCGGGGGCGAAGCCGCAGGCUCCCUCCAUUAGCCCCGUCCUCCGCCAGCCAUGCCGAGCUCCAUUUACCAACCGGAUGGGGGAGAGCCCGCCGCCGGUCCCCCUCACGGCCUGGGGAUGCUCAACCCAAAUCCCGGCCAGCAGCAGCAACAGCAGCAGCCGCCGCCGCCGCCGCCGCCGCCGCCUUUAGACCAAAUCCGAGAGAGGCAACCACCCCAAGAGCAAGAAGAGGCGGCGGCGGCAGCCGCCCUGAGAUUUACCCUGGACCAGCUCUCCAUCUUGGGGCUGGAGGAAGAGGAGGAGGUGGUGGUGGUGGUAGAAGAGCAGGAAGAGAUGAACGUUAUCGGGAGCAGGAAAAAGAGUGUGAACAUGACCGAGUGUGUCCCCGUGCCCAGCUCAGAGCACGUAGCAGAGAUUGUGGGAAGACAAGGAUGCAAAAUCAAAGCUCUGCGGGCCAAGACCAACACCUACAUCAAGACCCCGGUGCGGGGGGAGGAGCCCAUCUUCAUCGUGACAGGGAGGAAGGAGGACGUGGAGAUGGCCAAGCGGGAGAUCCUGUCGGCCGCCGAGCACUUCUCCAUGAUCCGGGCCUCCCGGAACAAGGGCACGGGGCUGGCCGGGGCCGUGCCGGGGCCCCCCAACCUGCCAGGUCAGACCACCAUCCAGGUUCGGGUGCCUUACCGGGUGGUGGGGCUGGUGGUGGGGCCCAAGGGAGCCACCAUCAAACGCAUCCAGCAGCAGACCCACACCUACAUCGUGACCCCGAGCCGGGACAAGGAGCCAGUGUUCGAAGUGACAGGCAUGCCGGAGAACGUGGAUCGGGCACGCGAGGAGAUCGAGGCCCACAUCACCAUGCGGACGGGCGCCUUCAUCGACGCCAGCGCCGACAACGACUUCCACUCGAACGGCACCGACGUCUGCCUGGACCUGCUGGGCGGCCCGGCCAGCCUCUGGGCCAAGGCGCCCAACCCCACCCGCCGCCCCUCGUCCGGCCUGCGCGGCGACGGCCUCGGCUCCCUCGGGGGCGGGGCUCCCACGGAGGCCUUCUUCGGCGCCCAUGUGCCGGCCCCGGAAGCCAGCCCCGUCAGCCCCUACGGUGCCGGCGGCGGCAACUUCGCCUUCGGCGGGGACAGCCAGCAGGCCCCGCCCCUGGGCCCCGAGGACUGUGAUUUGGGCUUCGACUUCCUGGGCCUCGACCUGACCGCCCCGGCGACCAUCUGGUCCCCCUUUGAGCGGAGCAACCCUCUGCAGGCUUUCGGUGGCUGCCCCGCCGCCGGCUCCCAGCGGCGCAACAGCGGCCUGAGCGGCGGCGCCGCCACCCCGCGCCACUCGCCCACCCUGCCCGAGACCGGCGUGGCCCUGGAGCACCCCCUGGCCCGGCGGAUCCAGAGCGACCCAGUCAGCACCCUCUCCUGGCUGCCCACCCAGGGCUCGCUCUCCUCCUUCUCCAACAGCACCGGCUAUUCUUCCUCGUCCUCCUCCUCCCUGCCAGGAAGCGUGUCCGCCGCCUCGGGCUCCCCCACCGAUUCCAGCAGCUCGGAGGGGCCGCGGAAGAUCUCCAGGGACUGUAUGGUGUGCUAUGAGAGCGAAGUCAUUGCUGCCUUGGUCCCCUGUGGCCACAACCUCUUCUGCAUGGAGUGUGCCAUCCGCAUCUGUGGCAAAGCUGAGCCCGAGUGUCCAGUCUGCCACACCCCCGUCACCCAGGCCAUUCGUGUGGGGGCUGGGGCAAGACACUUUGGCUGUUCUACACUUCUUUCCAAAUAACAGUAUUCAGUUGAAAAGUUAAAAUAAACAGAGAGAAUG